AACACAGAAACACUCUUAAGGCAAUGUCCUAGGUAAGCGAUAAGAAGCGAGCUGGAUAAGCAGCAUGGGGUGUCAUAUGACAUAAGGGAAUCGCUUGUUGUGUCCUGCGUGAGAGAAACACACGGCCUUCCUGCGCAUGCAACUUCAGUGUACUGCACGGUCAGAGCUUAUCUGCGCAUGCGCCUAACUGGCCAGCGCAGCGACCUGCGCGAAAAUAUCAAAAUAUUUGAUCUCGGAAUCCGGCCGCUUUACUCUCUUGACUGAUUCGCUGUAACCUAGGACAGCGCCAUACAAACAGCCAGUUUGAUAUUUCCGCUUCACCCACGCAAAUCGCACCGCUCGCACUUAAUCGCUCACGGAGGACACCGGUAAAGCCUCAACUAUCUGACCUAAAUGGGACCAACAGACAGUCAGAUAGUACAGAAGACUAAUAAAAAAGAGAAGGGUAAGUAAAACAAUUUAUAACUCAAUUUAUGAUAUGAAACUACAAAGGAAAUACAACAUGGAAUAAAAUGAAAAAUUUCACAAACAAAAACAGUAUUUAACACAGUGUAAUUGAAAGAGUACCAAGUGACCACCGGUAUAAGUGGUUCCCCUCUACCAAGUGCCAACAGCCUCUUCGGAGGGUGGAUAAACGGGUGGAGGUUCAGGGCACCCUCAUGCCCUUGGGGUGAGAAAUCACCCCUAAAGGCGGGUGAACCCAGAUGGGUCAACGGCAUAGGAUGCGGAAGGCAAGGGGAAUCCACCACAAUAAAGAUUCUCAGGAUUUCCCAAGUAUCAGCAAUUCAGGAGAUGAAGUUAGUUAGAUAUGAAGUGUACUCUUGUGAAAUAUUCCGGAGGUAAAAUAGUCCCCCAAAUGGAUCUCCGGGUGGGGACUGCAGGAGACUUCGCUUUGAAGAAGAAGAAGAAGAAUAACUGUAAAAAACGAAUUGGAACAUUGAAUGUUCGGACACUUCUACCGUGUCGGAAACUAGAAAGUCUUAAGUUAGAGAUGAAAAGGAUGAGGAUAGACGUGCUGGGAGUGAGUGAGAUAAGGUGGCGUGAUGUUGGAGAUUUCUGGAGUGGGGAUUACCGAGUAAUCCACACAGGCAGCAUUGAAGGCAGGCCAGGAACAGGAGGAGUAGGAGUCGUACUAAGCAGGGAGCUAGGACAAAGAGUCAGUGAAUAUGUGCAAUUGAAUGGACGGAUUAUUCUAGUCAAACUCGAUACCAAACCGAAUAAGACUGUGAUAGUUCAAGUGUACAUGCUGACAUCAAACCAAGAAGAUGAUGAGGUGGAAAGAGUUUACAAAGAGAUAAAUGAAAUUAUAAGGGGAGUGAACGGAGAAGAUAACUUGAUUAUUAUGGGCGAUUGGAACGCGGGUGGUAGGAGAAGGAAUAGAUGGAACAGUAGUGGGGUCCUAUGGACUUGGAAAGAGGAACGAGAGAGGGGAUCGGAUGGUGGAGUUCUGCACUCAGCAUCAAUUAGUGGUGUGUAAUACGUGGUUCCAACACCACCCACGCAGACAGUAUACCUGGAAGGCUCCCGGAGACAGGAGUAGAUAUCAGAUCGACUAUAUUCUAGUCAGAGAAAGGUUCAAGAACCAAGUCAAGGACUGCAGAAGCUACCCAGGCCCUGAUAUUGACAGUGAUCACAACUUGGUGCUAAGUGAAUGUGACCUGAAAUUUAAAAAGUUAAAAAAGAGAACUCAUGAGAUGUGGAAUUUAGAAAAGCUUAAAAACAAUGAGGUAGUGUUGGCAUAUAAAGAUAAGACAAACACGUCCAUGAUAAAUCAAACAGAGAAUGUAGAAGAGCAGUGGGAGUCCCUGAAGAAAAAUAUGUUGGAAACAGCGAGGGAAGUGAUAGGAAUACAGAAAGCAAAGAACAGAAAAGAAUGGAUAACAGAAGACAUUGUUGAGAAAACAGAGAAAAGAAGAAAGCUAAAAAACGAUCCCUCCGAAGAAGGAAGGAGGCAGUGCCGAGCAUUAAGGAAUGAGAUAAAUAGAGAAGCAAGGAAAGCCAAGGAACGACAUUUAGAAGUAAAAUGUAAAGAAGUUGAUGAACUGACUAAGGAAGGUAAACUGGAGAGAGCCUACAAGACAAUUAAACAAUUUUUUGGUAAUCGAAGGAUAAAAUGCAUUGGUAUACAAACUGAAUAAGGAAUGGUAGUGUAUGAGCAAAAGGACAUUGCUCAGAGAUGGAAGCAUAACCUAGAAAAACUUUAUGGAGGAGGAGGGUAUGAUGGAGAAGAGACACUGGAAAAGGAAGACAAAGUAGAUCCAGAAGAGAAAGGGGACUGUAUUCUGAGAGAUGAGUUCGACCAGGCUGUAACACAGAUGAAGGAUAGGAAGGCACCUGGUAUCGACGAUCUACCAGCGGAGCUCAUCAAGGCUGCAGGUGAAAGGGUACAAAGUGAACUGUUCCACUUAGUGAGUAGAAUUUAUGAGACAGGGCAGAUUCCAUCAGAUUUUAAAAAGUGUAUCAUUGUCCCGCUACCGAAAAAAGCGUCUGCAGUCAAAUGCGAGCAGUAUAGAACCCUCAGCUUAGUGGCCCAUGCAUCUAAGAUCCUAACCACUAUAAUUUUACGGAGGAUCGAAGGGAAGAUAGAAGCGAUGCUCAUGGAGGACCAGUUCGAUUUCAGGAAGGGAAGGGGCACCCGUGAAGCAAUUCUAGGUCUACACCUAAUUAUUGAAAAGAGAUUAAGGAAAGACCAAGACACGUAUAUUGCCUUCAUACACCUAGAAAAAGCGUUUGAUAGGGUCGACUGGCAGCUGUUGUUCAAGAUGCUGAGGGAGGCAGGCGUAAAGUACAAGGAUAGGAUUGUGGUGCAGAGACUGUACAGAGAGGAGGUGGCAGUGGUGAGGUGUGGUGAACAUCAGGAAGAGGCCAACAUCAGGCAAGGAGUACGACAGGGCUGCUCAAUGUCACCUGUCCUGUUCAAUGGUUAUAUUCAGAGAGGGUUGGACGAGGUGAGAGAGAAGCUUGAAGGAGUAAGAAGAGUGUGUAUUCAAGGGGAGAAAGUUGACAUGCUACGAUUUGCUGAUGACAUAGCGGUGUUGGCUGAGAAUGAGCAAGACCUGGUAGUGACCCUGGCGGAGAUGGAGAGCACCCUCAGCACCACCUACAACUUGAACAUCAACAAAGAGAAGACUAAAAUCCUGGUGGUGAGCAAACACGGCACCCAGGCGCAUUGCUUGCUGGACGGCAAGCGGCUGGAGAACGUGGAGUCCUUCACGUAUCUCGGAUGCAGGUUAUCAUCGGACGGAAGGUCAAAAGCAGAAGUUAUAAGCCGCAUCAACCAAGCGAAGAUCGCCUUUAACAAAAAGCGC